CCGCUGCCAAAGGGGAAGUGAGCUGGGGCUGGAGCGAUGGCCCGGGUCUGGAGUCCGCGGCAGCCGCCGCCGCCGCCGCCGCCGCCAGCAAGUCCGGAGCAGCCGCGGCCGCAGCUGGAGCGGGGGCCAGAGUCGCGGCUGGAGUGGACGCGGCGCGUGUGAGUUGCCGAGAGUCGCCCGUGGCAGAACACCUCAAACUCUGGGCCGGAGCGCUUCAGGUGGGCUGAGCCGCUGUCGCCCCUCCUCGCCGCGCCCCCAGGCCCAGACAGCAGGGCUGGGGUCUCCCCUGGCGCGGGACUGGCUCCUCUCAGGCCGAGCCCUCCGAGCAGGGCUCUGGGUCUUCCUCGGUAUCUGGCUCCCUUCAAACUCAGGCCAGAGGCCGGAGGCCGGUGAUCAUCUCGACCCGGGCAUUUUCUGUGUAGGGGUUGUAGCGUCUGGGAGACCCCUCCUGCUGCCGAAUUCCCAGCUAAGGCACGCUCCCACUGUCUCGCUCUGUACCUCCUCAUCUCCUCACAUUCAAGAACAAGUUUCUUUUCCUUCUCCAUUGGAAAUCCUGCCCCGGAAGUCCAAAACACCCAUCUGGGUGUCCUUCCCCAACCUCUGGAGCACCCUCAGAAAUAUUUUAUACUUACCAGGGCUGAGAAUCUCUCAUUCUUGCUUUGGGAGACAAAGGCUGCCCCCACAACCCCUACACUCAACUAACUGACACCUCAUGCCCAGAGCAUUAUCCAUUUGGAUCACCAGCUCCCUGGCCAACUUUAUGUGACUUCCCCUACCCAUCUGAGUUCCAGUUUCCUCUGGGCUCCAGUCUCCAAACCCCAGCGAAUCUGGUCAGUCCCACCCCUGGGUGGGAGUGACCAGAGGGGCUCCGGCCCAGUAUUCCCCACCCUGGAAGGCAGCUCCAAGGCAGCGAGAGAACUGGGUGUUGGGUACGAACCUGGCAGCUCAGGAGUGGGUGCUCCACUCACCCCACACAAGAAGAUGAAAAAGCGCAAAGAGCUCAAUGCAUUGAUCGGCUUGGCUGGGGACAGCCGGAGAAAGAAGCCCAAGAAAGGCUCAGGCCACCGCCUGCUUCGCACUGAGCCUCCGGACUCAGACUCUGAGUCCAGCUCCGAGGAGGAAGAGGAAUUCGGUGUAACUGGAAGUCGCUCUCGCUUUGUCAAGGGAGACUAUUUACGAUGCUGCAAGAUCUGUUAUCCCCUCUGUGCUUUUGUCAUCCUUGCCGCCUGUGUCGUGGCCUGCGUUGGUUUGGUGUGGAUGCAAGUUGCUCUGAAGGAGGAUCUGGAUGCCCUCAAGGAAAAAUUUAGAACAAUGGAAUCUAAUCAGAAAAGUUCAUUCCAAGAAAUUCCCAAACUUAAUGAAGAACUACUCAGCAAACAAAAACAACUUGAGAAGAUUGAAUCUGGAGAGCUGGGCUUGAACAAAGUCUGGAUAAACAUCACGGAAAUGAAUAAGCAGAUUUCUCUGCUGACUUCUGCAGUAAACCACCUCAAAGCCAAUGUCAAGUCAGCUGCAGACCUAAUUAGCCUGCCUGCCACUGUAGAGGGACUUCAGAAGAGUGUAGCUUCCAUUGGCAAUACUUUAAACAGCGUCCAUCUUGCUGUGGAGGCAAUACAGAAAACUGUGGACGAACACAAGAAAACCAUGGAGUUACUGCAAAGUGAUGUGAAUCAGCAUGCCUUGAAGGAGAUCAGUGGAAGCAGCGAGAUCAUUCCAUCACCUUCGGCUACAUCCGAACUUGACAAUAAAAGCCACAGUGAGAAUUUUAAACAGAUGAAUGAUAGAGCUGCCACUUUGAAAAGGGAGUCUUUGCAUCAAGUGACCAACAGAACAGAUUCAGUAAAAUCCCAGAGCGUAAAGAAAGAAGAUAGUUCAGAUUCUCAAGUAUCCAAGCUCAGAGAGAAACUGCAGCUGAUCAGUGCGCUCACAAACAAACCUGAGAGCAGCAGGCCUCCGGAGACUGCUGGUGAAGAGCAAGUACAGAAUUUCACAUCAAAGCCAUCAGCAUUGCCAAAAUUCUCACGCUCUCUUGGAGGCCAGACUGAGAGAGCUGCCCAGCUAAGACCUAUCUCCCUACCAGGAAUUUCUAACAUCAAAGAUCUUCAGGAUUUAUUCCACCAGACUGGCCAGGACGUGGAUGGGAAGCUGACCUACCAGGAAAUCUGGAACUCCUUAGGUUCUGCUGUGCCAGAUCCAGAGCGUCUGAGAGAGUUUGAUUCUGAUGGAGAUGGAAGAUACUCAUUCCUGGAGCUAAGAGUAGCUUUAGGUGUCUAGCCUCAUCAGGCUUACUUUAGAAAUGGAUAUAUACCUUGGACUACCUAAUAUCUACUUACCUAACAGAAACAACCCUUUUACCUACCCAUCAGUCCUCCAGUCCUCCAAACUACUGUAGCAGACACAUUGCCACCUUUUGACUUGUUUGAAAAAGCUAUAUAAUAGUUAUUUUUUUAAAAAAGAAGACCAUUUUACUUAUAAUGUAAUAUUCAGAAAUCUAUGAUUCCCUGAAACCAGUAAGAUCUUAAUUUUAAAAUUGCCAGGAAAAAAAGUCAAGCCCUCUUUUUUUCUCUUUCCUUUUUUUGAGGGGAGGAGACCUUAGCUUUUUAAAACUGAAAAAUGUGUAUAUAGAGAGAAUAAGCCACCUUUUAUAUUUCACAUAAAUUUGCCUUAAAUUAGCUGCACUUUAUACAGACUCAGAAAAUGUCUUUUCUUUAACAGAUAGACCUUUUCUGUUUGUAAAUACUUAAAGAGCUGCGCAUAGUUUGUGGGAAGUAGGAAGAAUGGUUUGAAACAGGAUGUGAGCAAAUGACUUGUUAUUAAAAAUUGCUAAUCUGAUCUGAUAGCAGCUGAAGCUAUGUCCACAUCUCCUUAAGACAUCUUCUUUAGGUGCUGCCGUGGGGUUUGGCCUGGUGCUGGGGGAACAGACUUGGGACGUAGACACUGUGGAGACAGUGCUCCCUCCAGGCUCAGGAAGUAAGAUUUGGACUCUUUGUUCCUGUCCUCUCAGCUCAUCCCAACCUGUGAACCAGAGAAGUCUUGUUGAGGAUUUUCUUGUUUUUAAUCCUCUUUCAGGGUUUAUGAGCAUAAAAAGGUAUCCAGUGGGAGCUACAUUUUCCCCUCUAAGUGAACUAGAUUAUCUUCCCCCACCCACCCACUCAGGUCUACCUUUAAGUUGUAACUGACUUCCACCUCUGAUACUGUCUCCAUUCUGAACAGCAGGGCUGAAGUUCCUUGGCCGCUGUCUCAGCCUGGCUACCCAGGAGCUUUAGAGGAGAGCUGUGCCUCUCAUUUUGAUCCAGGAAAUUUCUUAAGAUUUUACCUAGGGGCUAAGCAAGAACCUAACGGGGCUAAGGCCAAAAGGAUGUGAAACAAAACACCUGAAAUCAUAUUAGGUUUCCUUACAAUUAUAUUUCAGAAGUAGCUAGCGGCUCUCUGUCCAGAGGAUGGCAAACAUCAGGCAGGCCCGGAGCAGGGGGCUUCAUGUGGUGGCAGCAAGUUUUUUUCAAAUCUGAUACAAGCAAGUGCAAUACUUCUCCCUUUUAAGUACUUCUGAGGGCCUAGUACUAAAGGUCCCUGGACUAGAAGGAAUUAUUCCUCCAUGUCACCUGUGUGUGUGUUGUGUUGAUCUUAGAAGCAAUCUUCAGGCAACACAAAAGGAAAACUCUCUGCAAAACUUAACUGGUCUGUAGGCCAAGUCAGGGAGAAACUCAAGAAGCUUUCAGGGCAUAGACUUUAAUAGAGCUUGCUUCCAUUUUAACUUUGUCCAAUUUUUGCCCUGUUAGCCAUGGAUGCAGUUGAGCACCCUUAAAUAUUUAAGGGCUGAGUUUUUUCUUUAUAUGUUGUUUAGCUUGGUAUUGACUAACCUUGAUUUUUUUCUAGAAAUAUUAAAAUUUAGUUAAAGCGGGAUGAAGUCUCUCCCCAUGAAUGUGUCUGCUUACCUCAUUAUGGCUCAUGCUUCUCUCUCCCUCUCGAACAUUUCCUUUACCUAUCCGAGCUAUUUUACUUUCUUGGAAAGGUUUAAAUAUAGUACAAAAUUAGCCUGGCACUUUAGGUAACUAGAAGAUGACUUAGAUGACUUACUCUUCUGGCUGCCUUUCAUGCCCCCCUCCCUUUUUUUAAUAUAUAUGCCCUUUUAGAUUUUGUAACAACCAAAUAAAAUUCUAGCAAUAAAUUGAAUUAUACUGCUAUAUUUGUAUAUACUGUACCGUAAAUAGUAUGACUACCUGGAAGGUAUUUUUUUGAGAACCGAUUUAUAUGAAAUAUACUUGAGGGUAAUGUAGCUUGUCCUUUUUCGUCUCAAAUUCUUAUUCAUAGGCAGAUACUUUGAGGGCACCUUAACUCUUUGUAUGUACUCUUCUUUUGCAUCUGAUGGCUAUACAUGGAGAAGACAGUUGUGUUUUGUCAUUUAUCCUCUGUUACUCCCACCUCAAGCUUGUCUGCCUGCCGCCAUCCCUGGACCAGGUGGAUAGUACCAUCCUCUCUCCUACCAAAUUUGGCAGAGGUGUUCCUCUGCACUCGCAGACCUGUGUGACCCUCUCACACCACCGGGGACAGUGCCAUGUCUCUCAGGAGAAACUGGGACAUCUUAAACUUCCUUGUCCUAAGUUGAGCACACUCGUGGCUUAAAAAAAGAAUUCCCAUAAACCUAUUAUUUGGUAUGAAUUUGGGGUUUUUACUUAAAAAUUGUCUUAACUUACCCAGCCUGUGAUUUGUGUUGAUCUAUAAUCAAGCCUCACCUGCCACAUCUCAGCCCCGAGAGGAAGGCUGGGUAGUGGUGGUGAGUUUGAUAUUGGUUUUUGUUUCAGAUGCUUUUACCUUCACCUUUUCAGCCUGGCAGCUCCUACUGCUGCUUUCCUAAGUUACUGAAAACACUGCUUCUUGGCCCUCUUUUUCUUCUGCUUUCUAUCUGGUAUAAUGUUCACCUUGAGAGCCUCCCUCUGUAAAUCAGAGAGGCAAGAAGGUAUCACAGGAAGAGAAGAACCAAAAGGAAGAGAGAGCUUGGCUUAGGGAUGACUGUAGUGCUGUCUUUAGGGCAGGGGCCUGGCACUUAGGAUUGUGUCUGAUACAGCAAAGCUGAAGAUUGGACACCCUUCACCUGCUGCCGGCUACUUUCCCUCCCGCUGCCGUGCCCCCUUUACGUUCCUGGAUGCCACCCCAUCUGCCCCGCCCCACUCCGCUGGUCUUGGCCUUGCCGGUCACAGUUGAAGAUUUUGACUGUGAUGGGCUCAUACUUACAAUGGCCUGCUGUUGAGUUGUUUUUAGUGACAGCUUUUGUUUGCUACACACCUCAUUGACUUGCUUACCAGCACCAGCUAGAUGUGGCCCCUUCUUUCAUAUCCAAACCAGAACACAUUUGGGUGUUCCUGAGACUUUAUAGAGCGUGUAUUGUUUGUUAUACGAACCUAACCUACCUUGUUGUUUUCUCAUAUUAAGAAAUGUAAAUCUACUUUGCUUUAGUGGAGCUAUUUUGGUAAUGUUUAAGCAAUUUUGGUUCUGUUUAGGGAGUGAAUUCAAGGUUUCCUUAACUUGAUUUGGGCUUUGCUUAUUUCACAUCAGUAAUAUAACCAUUUUAAUUUAUCUAAAUAAAACAUUUCUUUUUUCUCCCA